GCUGACCCCGUCCCCCCCCAGCACAUGCUGGCCAUCGGCAGCCUGGACCACUCGUACAUCGUGCGGCUGCUGGGGAUCUGCCCGGGCCCGCAGCUGCAGCUGGUGACGCAGCUGCUGCCGCUGGGCUCGCUGCUCGACUACGUGCGCAAGAACUGCGGCGCCAUCAGCCCGCAGCUGCUGCUCAACUGGUGCGUGCAGGUGGCCAAGGGGAUGUACUACCUGGAGGAGCACCGCAUGGUGCACAGGAACCUGGCUGCCCGGAACGUGCUGCUCAAGUCGCCCAGCCAGGCGCAGGUGGCCGAUUUCGGCAUCGCCGACCUGCUCUACCCCGACGACAAGAAAUACUUCUACAACGAGGUCAAGACGCCCAUCAAGUGGAUGGCCCUGGAGAGCAUUCACUUCGGCAAGUACACGCACCAGAGCGACGUCUGGAGCUACGGGGUGACGCUGUGGGAGAUGAUGACGUUCGGGGCCGAGCCGUGAACCGGG